AUUACCGAACAAGCGGUUGAGGAAAACUCCCCGGCUUCCCUCUUCCAUCCUCGUAUCCCCGAAUCGAACAAACCGUUCUGCGUUCCCUCCUUCUCUUGUCUCUGUAACGGUUACCGGAAAUUAACGACCGCCUCCAUAUCCUCUGCUUCCGAAGCAAUGUCCGACGCUUACUGGAGAUACGCCGACCCCCGGCAGCCUCCGCAUCCGUCGUCGCAGCAACCGCAACAUCAACAGCAACAGCAGCCCCAGCACCAGCAGCAGCCUCCGAUGUCUUCUUUCGUCGGGAAACGCCCGCGUACAGGCGAAUAUGAUGGUCCUGGUGGGCGUGAUCUCAUCAAUUACUAUGGCCGUGAAGAUGAAAGAAGUGGUGGUGGUGGUGGUGGUGGUGGUGGUGUUCGAGUAAUUAGAGAUACAGAUGCCCUUGGAUCAUCUUAUGACCGUUAUCUACGCAGUAUGCAAGCUUCGUCAUAUGGUGGUGGUAAUGGACAACCUGCAAGAUCCAUGGGUACAGGUAUGGGAAGCAUGGAGCCUGGGGGUGCUCCAAUGAGUGACAGAAACCUUGGAUUCGGAGGUGGAAGGAGUGAUCUUUCCCUCCCUCCUGAUGCUAGCAGUACGCUGUAUGUAGAGGGUUUGCCCUCUGAUUGUACGAGGCGCGAAGUUUCUCAUAUAUUCCGCCCGUUUGUUGGUUACAAAGAAGUUCGACUAGUAAGCAAGGAGUCAAGACGUCCUGGGGGAGAUCCAUUGAUCCUCUGCUUUGUUGACUUCAUGAGUCCUGCCCAUGCUGCCACCGCUCUGGAUGCCUUGCAAGGUUAUAUGUUUGAUGAGCACGAUCAUGAUUCGCUUCAGUUAAGGUUGCAAUUUGCUCGCUAUCCUGGUGCGAGAUCAGGUAGCGGGCAUCGUGGCAAGCGUUGAGUGACACGAUGAUUUUGCCAGGAUUUGGCUAAACGACAGCCUCACUUCGAGUAUUAUGUGAUUGCCCUAAUGGAUGCUUUCACUAGGUCGAUAAACUCGAUUAUGCGUCUUCGCAGCGCAGGCGGAUGCAGACCCCUUACCUUGUCUGUUGAGAGAGUUGGAAAGUUUACGCUUUGAAUAAUGAUCUAGAGUUCUUACAAAAUUCUGGUGGAUUUGUUGUUCCUUAUUUCGCCGGUGCGGUGAAUGUUUGUUUAUGUAUUGAUAUUUACCAAUGGGAGGUGAUCUUAGGGAGUGAUGUACUUAUUCAUGCUUAGCUCAUAUCUCAGAGAGUGUACGGAGAGUGAGUGAUGUAUACUACUAUAAGCUGCCUGCCUAUGGAUCUUAUGUUUGUGCUAUUCUAUCGAUGUUAACCCUUUCUUUACUAAGAAUUAUCCAGAAAUUCAGU